AUGUCUGCUCCCCCCAGACACUCGGCCGUGAUGUCCAUCAGCAAUGCCGGCCCACCUCAAUCAGCAUCCAGCGAUAAGCCGCAGACACCGCAACAGGCACAGACACCCAGCCAGCCCAUGUCCGGGCUGCGCGUUCCCUCCAAUCGCAAGACCAUCUACGACCGGCAUCUAAACCGCAGUCGCAAUGCAGAGCUCAGCCGGGCGAGCUUCGCCUUUCUGUUCGCGGAGAUGGUGACAUACGCUCAGCGGAGGGUAACAGGGAUACAAGAUCUAGAGAAACGACUAAAUGAACAAGGCUAUCCUCUCGGCCUGCGCCUGCUCGACCUCCUUUUCUACCGCAGCACAUCCACCUCAUCCUCCGCACUCUCGAGUUCUUCCACCUCUUCCUCCCCUCCUAACCGUCCUCUCCGGAUAAUCACCCUGCUCCAUCUCAUCCACGGUCCUCUCUGGCGCCUGCUCUUCCAGCGUUCCGCAGACGCCCUCGAGCACUCCGUGUCCCCCGAUACCCCUAAUGAAUACAUGAUCACCGACAAUGACCCACUGGUCAACACCUACAUCAGCGUGCCGCGGGAAAUGAGCAUGCUCAAUUGCGCCGCGUUCGUGGCGGGCAUUAUCGAAGGCGUGUGCGACGGGUGUGGGUUUGAAGCCAAGGUCUCGGCUCACAAUCAGCCUUCGGAGAUGUGGCCCAGUCGCACGGUCUUCUUGCUACGGUUUGGUGAUAGUGUCAUGGAGCGGGAGAAGGUGUUGGAGAGAGCGGGUGUCAAAUAA